AUGUUAGCUGAAUACCAAAGUGAGGAGCAGUGCGGCCUUGUGCUCAUACCGGAUCAGAUGGAAGCCAAGGAAGACCUCAAGCAAGUCAGAACAGAGCAGACGAAGAUCGAUGCUAGCCACACUUACGAAGAAAACAAAGUCACCACGAACCAACACCAAAAACUCCUCCAAACUGCCUCAGACACCAUUAGGGCGAAGCACCGUGAGAAACUUGACAAGGUGUCCAUCACACGAUACAUGCUAGAAGUGUCCGUGGACGACCACGGUCAACAUGCACGAGAUGAGAGAGAUGCAAAUGCAGAGAAGCGCGGCAACGACCAGCUUGAACCUCUCGGAGUUGACGAUGGUGCGGAGAGUGUGCUGGACGCGGAGAACGAGCUCGACGAAGUUGCGGACGCUGUCGUAGAUGCGGUCGAUGCGGUCGAUGACGGAGCCUUCGCGAACGGCCAUGUAGUUGCGGCCUCGCCGCUCCUUGUUCCGACGAAUGGCCUGUGCAAGAUUGGCCCUCGCAGCAACUUGUGCCUCCGCACGAACUCGGGCCUGGGCCAUCCGGACGCUGUCGAGAGUCAUCGGAUUCUGCAGGAUGGCAGAGAGCUCGAAUCCUCCAAGAACGCCCUCUGCAUGUUUGUUAGCGAAUUGGCUUGUCGAAUCAGUUUCCCGGUACUUACCCCAAUCCCAUGCGUGAAUGAGCCGACGGACGCCAAGUUGGCCGUGGUGGCCCUGGAACUCGAGCAGGUGCAAGAGGAGCUGAGAGAAGCAAUAUUAGCAAAGUUGGGAUAG